AUGCGCUGCCGUGAGGGGAGCGCUGGGCAGCGCCAUAUCCUGGGCCCCCCCCACCUCACCACCCCGGCCCCGCGCGCAUGCGCGCUGAGCUGCUGCGGGCACCUGCGCAAUAGUGAUCCCCGGGUCGCGCUCGGCGGAGACCGGCCCGGGAGGACAUGCUGCCAAAUAGUGAUCCCUGGUUGCUGGUGGUCUCCUGAGGGGGCUGCGGGGUCCGGGGGCCGUCCCCACACACCGCACCUGCCCGGGCAGCGCUCCCCGCCUCCCUCCGGCCUCCCAGCAGCGCCGCACCGCCGGCGGGGCCGCUCCUCGGGCCGCGAGGUGCAGCUGACCCCAUUCCUGCCUCCCGUGCCCCUCCCCACUCCCAAGCUGGCGAUGUCCCGGCAGUUCCUCAGCUGCCAUUGUCUCCCCCAGAUCAAGGUGGUGAAGUUCUCCUACAUGUGGACCAUCAACAACUUCAGCUUCUGCCGGGAGGAGAUGGGGGAGGUGAUCAAGAGCUCGACCUUCUCCUCUGGAGCCAACGACAAACUCAAGUGGUGUUUACGUGUGAACCCCAAGGGCCUGGACGAGGAGAGCAAGGAUUACCUGUCCCUGUACCUGCUGCUCGUGAGCUGCCCCAAGAGCGAGGUCAGGGCCAAGUUCAAAUUCUCCAUCCUCAAUGCCAAGGGGGAGGAGACCAAGGCCAUGGAGAGCCAGCGCGCCUAUCGCUUCGUGCAAGGCAAGGACUGGGGAUUCAAGAAGUUCAUCAGGAGAGAUUUCCUGCUGGACGAGGCCAACGGGCUCCUGCCAGAUGAUAAACUGACCCUGUUCUGUGAGGUGAGCGUGGUGCAGGACUCAGUGAACAUCUCGGGCCAGAACACCAUGAACAUGGUGAAGGUGCCCGAGUGCCGCCUGGCCGACGAGCUGGGCGGGCUCUGGGAGAACUCGCGCUUCACCGACUGCUGCCUCUGCGUGGCCGGCCAGGAGUUCAAGGGCCACAAAGCCAUCCUGGCAGCACGAUCCCCCGUGUUCAGCGCCAUGUUCGAGCACGAGAUGGAGGAGAGCAAAAAGAGGAUGCCCUGGGCAGUACCCAGGGAUAAUUCCAGGGGUAAUUCCAUGGUUUUGUCCCAGUAUGCCCUGGAGAGGCUGAAGGUGAUGUGUGAGGAUGCUCUCUGCAGUAACCUGUCCGUGGAGAAUGCAGCUGAGAUCCUGAUCCUGGCUGACCUGCACAGCGCAGACCAGCUCAAAACCCAGGCUGUGGACUUCAUUAAUUAGUGAGUAAUUACUCCAGGAUGGACAAACCUUUCUCUUUUCCCUU